UUCCUUGCAGGAUGAAGAACCCAAUGCUGGAGGUGGCGUCCCUUCUGCUGGAGAAGCUGCUCCUCAUCUCCAACCUCUUCAGUUUGGGUGGUCCGGAGGAGGGCAAGGCGAAGAGCAGUUUUUACGAGGUUAACUCUUUUCUCCGCGGCGACGUGCUGGAGGUGCCCCGGACCCACCUGACCCACUACGGUAUCUACUUGGGUGACAACCGCGUCGCCCACAUGAUGCCCGACAUCCUGUUGGCCCUGACCGACGACCAGGGGCUCACGCAGAAGGUGGUAUCCAACAAGCGUCUCAUCCUGGGUGUCAUUGUUAAGGUGGCCAGCAUCCGCGUGGACACGGUGGAGGACUUCGCCUACGGAGCCGACAUCCUGGUCAAUCACCUGGACGAGUCCCUCCAGAAGGAGGCCCUGGUCAACGAGGAGGUGGCGCUGAGAGCGGAGAAGCUGCUGGGCAUAACUUCCUACAGUCUACUGUGGAACAACUGCGAGCACUUCGUGACCUACUGCAGAUACGGCACCCGGAUCAGCCCCCAGGCGGACAAGUUUUGUGAGAAUGUGAAGAUAAUUAUUCGUGAUCAGAGAAGCGUUCUUGCUUCAGCAGUCUUGGGAUUGGCGUCUAUAGUCUGUCUGGGCUUAGCAUCAUAUACUACGCUUCCUGCAAUUUUCAUUCCAUUCUGCUUAUGGAUGGCAGGCUAACUUCACACCCCCAUGUCAGUGUGUAUAUUCUGUGUGGAAAUAUGUUUAUAUUUAUAGAGCACAAAUCACUAUAAGCAUUGUUGAGAAAAAUGUGACCUGUAACACUGUUCUGGAUAAAAAUGUGAUUAAGAA